AUGGCCAGCGAGACAUCCGGCUUGUUAGAAGCAGAACCUAUUUCAAUUAUCACAGCAGAGAAUAAUUCGUUUGAUGAGUGCGAAUUUUCUCCAAUAUCUCUUUUCGAAAAGGACUCUGUGCCCAGCCGGAUGCGCUCCGAUGCAUUCAAUGCGACAUGGCAAGGGGCCUAUGGACGCCUUACUUCACUCGUGCGCACCUUGUACGAGCCAUGUAUCGCAAAUGUUUGUGAGCGUAUGCCUGUGAAAACAUCACCACUUCUUCCUGUUACUAUCUUGGAUGCUAGUGGAAGCGCCACAUAUGAGGCAUUCCCCACACUUCUGAUGCAUCAUUUGUCCAACAUGGAUCAUGUCACGGUACAGCUAUCGCCUUUUCAUUGUAUCAAUCUAUCCACUAUGAUUUCUGCCUUUGUUUCACAAAUACUGCAUCAUAUACCCUGCACACCAGAAAUAUCGGGAUUGUGCCAAGCAUAUGAACCAAAUGACUUGACUCUGGUCAUGACUGCGUACCGUGCAGCUGGGCUUCAUUUGCCGCGCAUUGUCAUUUUACUUCACGAAAUUCAAACGUUUCCUUCAAGUGUUAUGAAUGAUUUUCUAAGUGCUGUCAUGUCUUGGUCCGACAUCACAUCACCCACUCCUUCGAUCCAUCUGUUAAUAACCUACACGGCCCCUCUUCCACUCUUGCCUCGUUCGAAAGUAUCGCAUGACUUGUAUGAAACAACCACUUGGGUGACUUCUUUGUUUGCUGAGCAAGUCCGAAUGUACCUUGACCCUACCACCAUUGUGUUGCCCGACAAGUCCGAAUUUUGGGAAAGUGUUGGCUGCGCCUUUUUUGCCGAACCUCGUUCUGGUUUGUGGCUGGGUCGUAGCAUAUUCGAGCUGGUGCGCCGCAGAUAUUGGCAUACUACGGCAAGCUGGGAUGCUAUGGCCCAGUGUAUACGCUUGGCGUACUUGGAACAUUUCCGUACUCGACCACUCUCGGCUUUUGUUCAGGGCAUCCCUGACGUCGAAACUCUCUCUGCACACUGGACAUCGGAAAUUUAUGCAGAGCUACGCCUCUCCUUUUUUUUGCGAGCUGCCAUCCCAUCAAGCGUCUCGCCACACAUGCGUGAACUGGCAUACGAUAACUCCGCUUUACUUCAUGCAUUGUCUGGCUUGCAAAGCGACAUGGCAGUCAGCAUGUCGAGUCGGGCUACAGCAUUGGCAGCUCUCCAUGAAGUCUUAUGCGUCCUUGGUCUGACGGGCGCGUAUGGAACAAAGCUUGGUCUGACGGGCUGUACAGCGAUUGCUCUAGAAUGGAUACCACCGUUUACGGACUGGGAUGCCAGUCGGACGACUGCCAAUGCACUGACAGCUACGACGCCCACAGCACAGCAAGUUGACGCGUUACUGAGUCACUUGUGCUCCACUCUCGAAAACAAGCAGGUAUCUGAGCUAGUCGAUGGCAUCAGUCGUCGCUUAUAUGCCAUUGAGUCGAAUUUGGAUGCCGCUGUUGCUGCAGCUGUGCGCUCCACGCAUGAAUCCCUGCUUUCUGUACAACAUGCUGCACACACGAAAGUGCGUGCUCAAAAUUCGAUGGGAGAAGCUCUAGCCAGUUGGGUUUCUGGCAUUUGGCGCAAAUCCGUGGAGCUACCACCUUCACUGGGCUUGUCUAUAUGGACAUAUGACUUCGGGGAGCCCAUAUCUACGAUGUUGGAAGGUGCCGCACGCAGCACAAUCAUAUUAGCGUUGGAUGCACCAUCUGACACCUUGGCAUCUAUGAGCGCAGCAGCGUGCACAGCGCCUGGUCAACGUGAGCUGAGUGACCAGGCACCGUGGUACGAAUGGGAGGAGCACAUGUCAGAAGUGCACACGCUACGAGAAACGGGCAAGGACCUCGUCAAUGCAAGCGUUCCCGACGUCUGUCGAUUGUUUUCUUUGUACAAGGACUCGAGCAGGUUUAUCAACCUUGCCGAUUGGUACGAAGCGUUUGUCCAAUCGCUGCAGGGCGAGGAAAUACGUCGGAAGCACGCUGGUCUCGAUAUGGAAAAUGAGGACACUGUUGCCUCUACUCAGAUGCGAUUCAGUCUGGCUCUUAAUGAGCUUGCCUAUAUGGGUAUCGUUGGCCCCGCUGGCCGCAAAAUCGAACACGUAAGCCGGCUCAUAUGGGAUUUACCAGUGAAUGGCAUGCAUGAAGCCUAA